AUGGCAAGCGAAUCCCGUCCUGCUCCCCUUCGCCUGGGCUACACUGCCCCCAACUUCCAAGCCGAGACCACCCACGGCCCCAUCGACUUCCACGAGUUCAUCGGCAACAACUGGGUCGUGCUCUUCUCGCAUCCCGAGGACUUUACGCCGGUCUGCACCACGGAGCUCGGCGCAUUCGCCAAACUCGAGCCCGAGUUCACCAAGAGAGGGGUCAAGCUCAUCGGCCUCAGCGCCAACACGAUUGAGAAGCACGGCCAAUGGAUUGAGGACAUCAACGAGAUCUCCGGCAGCAAGCUUAGCUUCCCCAUCAUCGGUGACAAGCAGCGCCAGGUCGCCUUGCUCUAUGACAUGAUCGACCACCAGGACGCCACCAACGUGGACGAGAAGGGCAUUGCUUUCACCAUCCGCAGCGUCUUCAUCAUCGACCCCAAGAAGAGCAUCCGUCUGAUCCUCUCUUACCCCGCCAGCACCGGCCGCAACACCGCCGAGGUCCUGCGCGUGGUCGACUCGCUGCAGACCGGCGACAAGCACAAGGUUACCACGCCGAUUAACUGGCUCCCGGGUGACGACGUGAUUGUGCACCCCAGCGUCAAGACCGAGGAUGCAAAGAACCUCUUCCCCAAGAUGACCAUCGUGAAGCCCUAUCUCCGCUUCACCCCGCUGCCGCCCGAGUCUAGCCCGUCUCAGGCCAUAUCCAUCGACUCGUCGACACCACUCCCACCCGGCUCGACAUCUGCGACACCUGCCAGGGUAUCGGGCUACGAGGAUGAUGCCGGCUCGCAUGUUGCCUCACAAACCACUGGCGCAGCGCAUCCCGGCCAUUCCCACACCACGUCCACUCCUCUGAUGUCCAACAUUGCAGGUCUGGCAUGCACUACUCACCGCACCACGGGCCAGGAACCCCAUCCCCUCGUGGGUGCCACCACUACCAUCCUGGGGGACAAGCUCUACGUCUUCGGCGGUCGCAGACUCUCGAGGAUGAAGCCGCAGCUGACAUCGAACUUGUACGAGCUUGACCUUCUCAAGCGACAUUGGACGAAACUAGAGACCGGCGGUGACAUCCCGCCGGCGCGAUAUUUUCACAGUGUAUGCGCGCUUGGAGACACAAAACUGGUCUGCUAUGGAGGGAUGUCGCCGUCUCCCGCUGCGGUCGAAAGCAACGGCGAAGCUCCGCCGGAGGUGAUUGUGAUGUCCGACAUUCACAUCUUUGACGUCCCUACCAAGACCUGGAUGAAGAUCAACACGCCCGACCCUCCUCAAGGACGAUAUGCGCAUUGCGCCGCCAUUCUCCCAUCCUCGGCAGUCUUUGCGUCAGCGAGUGCACCACUCUCCGGUAUACAUCACAAUUUGCCGGGCGGCAACCCACACCAAGGAUCGCUGGGGGUCACGCUUGACGGUGCUGGGGGCGCGGAAAUGGUCGUCGUGGGUGGCCAGGACAGCGCGAACCACUACAUCGAGCAAGUCAGUGUCUUUAACCUCCGGAGCCUAAAAUGGACCGGAACCACUAGCAUGGGACGCAGUUGCGGUGCAUAUAGGAGCGUUGUGACUCCGCUCACGACGUUGAGUGCGUCCCAAAUCGGUGGCGGUCCACAUGCCAAGAACGAACUGGACGAAGAUGAUGACGAGCCGACGACGGUCGGCUCUGGCUCUCCGAUGCUGAUCUAUUCGAAUUACAACUUCUUAGACGUCAAGUUGGAGUUGCAAGUUCGUCUGCCUGACGGUACCUUGACGGAGAAGAAGAUGCAGACCAACGUGUCCCCGCCUGGCUUGCGAUUCCCAAACGGCGGUGUCCUAGCAAAUCACUUUGUUGUGUCGGGCACUUUCUUGACAUCGUCGAAACAAGAGUACGCUCUCUGGGCACUCGACCUUCGAACGCUGACCUGGAGUCGCGUUGAUGUCGGCGGGGGCAUCUUCAGCCGGGGCAGUUGGAACAGAGGCGUGCUCUGGAGUCGCCGCAACACUUUUGUGAUUCUGGGGAAUCGCAAGCGCAGCUUGGUGGAUGAUUAUAACAAUCGCCGCAUCAACUUCUCCAACCUAUGUCUGGUAGAGUUGGAGAUAUUUGGCAUGUACGACAAUCCGCGACGGACCUCUCCAAUGUCGGGAUUCGUGUCGGGAAGCACGCCAUUCUCUCCCGAAGAAAGUAGUGUCUGCGCUGUUGGAAGGACACUCUCACCUGCUGCUGAGGAUCUGGGGCUUGCAUCGAUGAAUGUCAGUGAGCUGGCAGACAUGGAUUUCCUCGCAAUCGACGGUACUCGGAUUGCCGUCAAUUCCAGACUGAUCGCGAGGCGAUGGGGCCCUCACUUUACAAAUCUACUCAAAGAAUCGCUCGCCAUGUCUAACGAGACGGACACCGCGACCUUACGACCCAGCGUUUCCGGCCACCCAUCCCGCAAUUCCAUCGUCACCAUCACUCCCUCCGUGACCUCGACCAACACCACCCUCACAGCCAAUUCAGCAUCCGAAGUCUUCGAUCCGCGAUCCGCACCACCCAUGUCCCGCCCACGACUCUUCUACCUCCCGCACACGGCACCGACCCUACAGGCUCUCCUCCAUUACCUUUACACCUCCACCCUCCCCGCAGCUGGGAACCCUCUCGCCACCCCUCAGAUCUUCUGCUCACUCCUCCAGCUCGCGCGUCCAUACAAAAUCGAUGGCCUACUCGAAGCCACCUUAGAACGCCUGCACGAAUUCCUCGACGGCGCCAACGCCGUCGCCUUGUUCAACGCAGCCGCCAUGGGCGCCGGAGGCGGCGAAGGAGUCCAGUUCGCCCCAUCCUCCGCCACCUUCCGGGAUAGCGCGAUCCCGCUCCGCGGCGCCAGUCUCGACGCCACGUCUAUCGUCAACGGCGGCAGCACGAGCAGCAACAACAGCAGCCGCGCCACCUCCGCCCUGCGCAUCGACACCGACAUGGCGAACGGCAGCGACGACGAAGUGCCCGACAGCGCCAAUACGGAUACCAGCCUUAGCGACUUCGAGAGCAGUUCGCGCGGCGGCUUGCUGUCUGCUCGCACCGAGAGGCAGGCCGAGAUUUGGCGGGGGACGUUGAGUGCUGUUGUUGGGUUGCAGAAGCGGGGGUUGAGGGGGUUGAUGGAAGGGAGGAGGAUUAGGGAGAGGGGGGUGCAUGAGGGGAAGGUUGGGCUUGGGAUUGCGUAG